UCAGAUGGAGAGCGAAUCACUCUUCUUGUUUCCGCCAUGAACGUGAUUCCUCCUUUCCUCCUUUCUGAUUCCUAAUUCGAGUAUUGUUAUUGUAUAUGAAUUUAAGAUGAUUGCUCGUAGCCGUUCGUUUUCCAGGUACGUUUUGAACAAUCUUCAUCUACUCACAUUAUAUUCAUCAAUUUCCGUGGUUAAUGACAGUCAUAGAUUUGUUAAGCAUUUGAACCGCUGUUUGGUAUCGAUUCCCGGAAGAUUCGAUUCCGUAACAACUAGUCCAAACCCUAGUAUUAGAGUUCGUAGUUACUGUUCUGGGAAGAAAAUUCAAGGAUCCAAUGAGUGGACUGAAGAUAUCGAGUACUUAGAUGAAUCUGGCAGUGUUAUUUACACUGGUAAGGGUAUAAGAUCGAUUGAGCCUGGAGUGGAUGACCAUAUAAUGGUAGGUGGCUUAAAACAGCCAUUUUCGAAUGCUUCUGCAGUUGCUAAGAUUGUCGAGGUUGUUAAAAGGUGGAAAUGGGGUCCUGAAAUGGAGACUCAAUUGGAUAAACUCCAGUUUGUUCCAAAUAUGACUCAUAUCACUCAGGCUUUGAAGAUUACCGGAGAUGGUGAUGCAUCGUUGAGUCUGUUUAGAUGGUCAAAGAGGCAAUCUUGGUAUUCACCUAGUGAUGAAUGUUACCUUGCAUUGAUUGAUAGGUUGAACCAAAGUCGUGAAUUUGAAGGGAUUCAAUCGGUGUUCGAUGAUCUUAUUCGUGAUUCAACGAAAGCUAUGGUUCCUGAGUUCAAUGCGUUUAGUAGAAUUGUUCAGUAUCUUGCGAAAGCUGAGAAAUUGGAGGUUUCUUUCUGUUGUUUUAAAAAGAUUCAAGAAUCUGGGUGUAAAGUCGACACGAAAACUUACAACUCGCUUAUAACUUUGUUUUUGGACAAGGGUUUGCCUUUCAAGGCGUUUGAGAUAUAUGAGAACAUGGAAGGAGCUGGUUGUUCGUUGGAUGGAUCAACCUACGAGUUGAUGAUACCUAGCCUUGCCAAAUCAGGCCGGAUCGAUGCAGCAUUGAAGCUCUUCCAACAAAUGAAAGAGAAAAAUCUCCAACCAGGGUUUAUGAUAUUUGCAUCACUUGUUGAUUCAUUGGGCAAGGCUGGGAGGUUGGAUACAGCAAUGAAAGUUUACAUGGAAAUGCAAGGCUUCGGGUUCAGACCAUCUGCAACCAUGUUUGUUUCCAUGAUCGAGUCAUAUGUCAAGGCGGGGAAGCUAGAUACGGCUCUAAGGAUUUGGGAUGAGAUGAAAAAAGCUCGAUUUAGACCUAAUUAUGGGCUCUACACCAUGGUUGUGGAGUCCCAUGCAAAAUCAGGAAAGCUCGAGACUGCAAUGUCUAUCUUUUCUGAUAUGGAAAAAGCCGGUUUCUUACCAACUCCCAGCACCUAUUCCUGCUUGCUCGAAAUGCAUGCUGCUUCUGGUCAAGUCGAUGCCGCCAUGAAACUGUAUAAUUCAAUGAGCAAUGCAGGUGUAAGACCGGGCCUGACCACCUACACCGCUCUACUAACACUUUUAGCGAAAAAGAAACUUGUAGACAUAGCUGCAAAGAUUUUGCUCGAAAUGAAGGCAAUGGGAUACUCUGUAGAUGUGACCGCUAGCGAUGUUCUUAUGGUUUUCAUCAAGGAUGCUUCUGUUGAUCUCGCUCUAAGAUGGCUAAGGUUCAUGGGUUCUUCAGGGAUUAGAACGAACAACUUUAUUGUAAGGCAGCUUUUUGAAUCUUGUAUGAAAAACGGGCUUUACGAGUCUGCCAAACCUCUUCUUGAAAACUAUGUCGAAUCUGCUGCUAAAGUUGAUCUUAUUCUCUACACAUCGAUCCUAGCCCAUCUUGUAAGAUGUCAAGAAGAACACAACGAACGCCAUUUGAUGUCAAUCUUGAGUGCCACAAAGCAUAAAGCACACGCCUUUAUGUGUGGGCUUUUCACAGGGCCAGAACAGAGGAAGCAACCCGUUCUAGUUUUUGUCCGUGACUUCUUUCAGAGUAUUGAUUAUGAAUCCGAAGAAGGAGCUGCACGAUACUUUGUGAACGUGCUCCUAAACUAUCUUGUUCUAAUGGGUCAGAUCAAUCGUGCACGUUGUGUGUGGAAAGUUUCAUAUGAAAACAAACUUUUCCCUAAAGCGAUUGUGUUUGAUCAACACAUUGCUUGGUCACUUGAUGUUAGAAACUUAUCAGUUGGAGCAGCUCUUAUAGCAGUUGUUCAUACCCUCCAUAGAUUCAGGAAACGAAUGCUGUAUUAUGGCGUGGUUCCUCGGCGAAUCAAGUUGGUGACAGGACCGACCCUAAAGAUUGUGGUUGCACAGAUGCUGAGCUCAGUUGAAUCACCAUUUGAGGUUAGUAAGGUGGUUCUGAGGGCACCAGGUGAGUCUGUAUCAGAAUGGUUCAAAAAGCCAAUUGUUCAGCAGUUUCUUUUGAAUGAGAUACCAUCAAGAGGUGAUAUCUUGAUGCAUAAGCUUAAUAUACUAUUUCCCAGUUCUGCCCCUGAGAUUAGAUCAUUGAAUCUACCUAAACCCCUUGUGGGUGGAAGGGCAAUGUAGUAAUAAUUGUAUGGUUAUAGAGUUGCACAUAUUAUAUUUAUUUGAAGUAUUCAUGUUGGUCA